AUGUUCCGUGGGCUUUGGAAAGGCUGGCGGAGCCUACCAUCCGCCCAGGCACGGUUCAACUCCACUCCCAAUCAAUCACAAUUUCGCGCCAACGUUAUUCGUCUCUUACGAAACAAUGGCGCUCGUUCGCUUGCGGCCAGGCCUCGUCCAAAGAACUCUAGCGUAUUGUAUGCCAAUAUCUACGGAAGCAUAUAUUUGUCCAUCGCCCUUCUCGUAACGGACGAUAGUUUGGACUGGCUGACACGGAGACAUGCGGGAGUUGAGGCUGUGCAGGAGAUAACACUGGCGAAGGACUUUGCGACCAAAACAAAGAACUUCUGGGCACUUGGGCCCGCAUUGCUACAUGCAUACUCGGGCAAAGAUGUGGAGCAUCACGAGGGACUUCAACCGACGGAGGAGUCAGGCAUGGUGGAUGAACUUGAAGUUCGGCUGAUGACUGUUCCCGACCCCGACGACUCUGACACCACUUUGUUUCUUUGUCAAGCGACCUUCAAGUCUGAGGCCGAACCAGAAUUCUAUGUUGCUACCCGCAGCAACCGCAUGGAGGACGCGGCUUAUUCAUUAAUGCCCUCUGUUGAUAAAUUUAAUCAGCAACACUUAGCGGCGAGGGGCUUGCUUCUUCUAUUAUACCCUGAUGGCAGCUUCCAUUGCCUGUAUUAUGACGGGCGCCGGUGGCUCAAUCUGCUUUUCUUGGAGUGGCAAACUGCAGAGUCGAUGGGCUUCCGGUGA